AUGCCCCAUUUCUACACCUACCACCCCCCAAAUCCCGCGGCCGUGAACACCCAAGGCUCGACCGGCUACUGGGAGAACCCGGCGGAUUGGCCUCGAACCUAUCUCUACGUGUCUAAUCAAGGAGGUGCACAGGGAAUUCAUCCGCCAGCAGCCGUUUACCAGUCGAACCAACCCGCUCAACCAGCCAUGUACUAUUUCCCAGGCAGUUCCAGUGCCCCAGCUGGCUACUACGUGAAUGGCCUCUACUACGGAAUGAGCCCUCCUACUGCCUCAACUGGUUGGCCUUACACCUCCUCUGCGUACACCUGCUACACCUUGCCUGCCACUUCUACAUCGAGCACUCCAUUCUUCCCGUAUAGCUACUCACCAUACUAUACAGCCCCGAGUCCCCUUCAAUUCCCACUUACUUCGUCAUGGUCUCAAGCCCCGGGCCCUGCACAAGCCGCCGCCGCCGUAGCUGCCAACGCUGCCCUUGCGGCCAUGCCCAAUGCACCAGCCUACUUCGUGGGAGCGACAGCUGCAGAAAUCCAAGCCCAGAACGCUAUCUUGCUCGCCAACCUCCAAGCGGCUCAGCAGCAACCAACCCAACUGGCACCUUACAAACCUGGUGCAAGCCAGCAAUUCUGGUGCAAGGAACUCGAUGGAAGCUGGACGUUGAGAGAAUACAACGAUACUUUGAAGGGUGAUUUCCCGGCCGGGCAUUGGGAGAAGCAUGCGACCAGCGGUUACUACUACUACGUUCGCCACACUGGUUGA